UUUUAGCCGGCUCCAAGUGAACAUGUUUGCUUACUGAGAGCCCUUUAAAAGAGAUUUUUCUUUGUUUUUGUUGUUGUUGUUGUUAUCUGGAGGAGAAGCUUCAUGAUGAACAAUCCACAAGUGCGGAAUAAGAGGAAGCUGCCACACUGUUACCAUGAGGGAUACCUGGAGAAAAGGUCCUUUAAAAAUGAGACAUCCCGCAAACUGUGGACGUGCCUGUGCGGCAGCACACUUAUCUUUUUCAAGGACAAGAGGGACACUGAGUACCUUGAAACGCUGGAUCUCAGAGGAUCGGUUGUUAUCACAGAUAACACGGUGGAUUGUACUAUGGAUGCAGCCAGCCUGAACCUCAAAACCAAAGAUAUCACCAUCGGACUUUCUGCUCCAAACGCAGAGGCUCGCGAGCUUUGGAAAGGCUUCAUUCAAUCCGUAGUUGAGCUGUCAGUGUCUUCCUCACUCAACCUGCUGCCUGGACAAAUGCUAAGGCUGGAAGAGGUGGUGGAAAAGAAAAGGCUAAAACAUGUACCUGUACCAGUUGACCCUGUUGUGGAAAUGCCAAACUGUUUCCACCCAGUGUCUCGCUUGGAGGCGGAGCUUCUUCUGGAGCGAGAGGCCAGCAAAGGAAACCUGCUGUUAUGGCCCAACAGGGACGGCCAUGCCUUUGUUAUUAGCACCAGAGAAAAACUUAAAAGCCCCAUAUACAAACAUUAUAGCCUGAGCCGCAAACACGACGGCAGUUUCACCAUCGAUUUGAAAGAUCCCGUCACCUGCGCUUCUCUACCUGAUAUCAUCAAGUACUUCAUGGACGUCACAAAAGGCAGUCUAACCCCUCUAUCCAGGGAGGAAAACUAUGCGCAGAACAUCUCUUACGUUGACUUUGAUAAUGAAAGUGGAGAGAGACUAAUGCAAAGUUCUUCUGCUGAACUACUCAAACCUGAUUUCUCAACUAAACCAGAACUCAAAGUGAAAGCUGAGGAGAAACCAAAGAAGCCACCAGUUCCGACACAAAGAACGAACUGGUGUAGGAGCCCCCCAAGUUGUCGUUACCUGGUUAACACGUCCGAAUUGUGACACACAUUUGCUCUGAUAUUCUGACAUUGAUUGAUUUAAAUCAUAGUACUUAACCCUCUAAAUGCAUCACUAGGGUGAGGUACUCGUUAAAUUUAUGUAUUUCUUUAUCAUUGCGAUAGGCUUUUGGCUUUAGCAAAUUCAAAAUCACACCACAUUUGAAAAUUUCCAUGGUAUUACCCCCUGGAAUUGUUGAAAAUCCAGACAGACCCCAAAAUCAGUGUCACUUAGCAACAUGCAAUCUGGUAGGCAUGUUUAUUAUGAGUAGACCUACAACAAAGUCUCAAGAACACACGCUGAAAAACAUACAAAAAGUAAUAAUAAUAAUAAUAAUAAACUUUAUUUGUAUAGCACCUUUCAUACAAAAAUUCCAGCUCAAAGUGCUUCACAGCAGUAAAAGACAUGAUUAAGACUUAGACUUAGACAAACUUUAAUGAUCCACAAAAGAAAUUAUUCCACACAGUAGCUCAGUUACAAAGGAUGGAAAGUGUAAGGAUGGAAAGGACAAUGCAGGUAUAAAAUAGACAAAAAAUGUACCGUAGUAGCAAUAUCAAAUAUAACAUAUAUGUAAUAUUUACAUAAUAGAUGUACAGUACGGUAUAUGAUAUAUACUGAUAUAUUAUAUUAUAUUUAGGGAUGUCCGAUAAUGGCUUUUUGCCGAUAUCCGAUAUUCCGAUAUUGUCCAACUCUUUAAUUACCAAUACCGAUAUCAACCGAUACUGAUAUAUACAGUCGUGGAAUUAACACAUUAUCAUGCCUAAUUCGGACAACCAGCUAUGGUGAAGAUAAGGUCCUUUUUUAAAAUAUUGAUAAAAUAAAAUAAGAUAAAUAAAUUAAAAACAUUUUAUUAAAUAAAAAACAAAGUAAAACAAUAUAAAAACAGUUACAUAAAAACUAGUAAUUAAUGAAAGUGAGUAAAAUUAACUGUUAAAGGUUAGUACUAUUAGUGGACCAGCAGCACGCACAAUCAUGUGUGCUUACGGACUGUAUCCCUUGCAGACUGUAUUGAUAUAUAUUGAUAUAUAAUGUAGGAACCAGAAUAUUAAUCACAGAAAGAAACAACCCUUUUGUGUGAAUGAGUGUAAAUGGGGGAGGGAGGUUUUUUGGGUUGGUGCACUAAUUGUAAGUGUAUCUUGUGUUUUUUAUGUUGAUUUAAUUUAAAAAAAAACAACCAAAAAAACGAUACCGAUAAUAAAAAAAACGAUACCGAUAAUUUCCGAUAUUACAUUUUAAAGCAUUUAUCGGCUGAUAAUAUCGGCCUGCCGAUAUUAUCGGACAUCUCUAAUUAUAUUAUAUGUUUAUAUCAUAUAUACAAUAUAUAACAAUUACCAUAUACAAGUAAAGGCAUGGCAAAACCAAGUGUAGAAAAUUUAAAAUAAAUUAUAAAAAAUAAAAAUAAAGAUAAAAGCAAAGUAGAAAACAAAAGGAUCAGACAAUAAUAGUUACAAUAAUCACAGUGUAAGAACAAGAUUGAUUGAUUGAGAAGUUUAUUGACAUAUAAAAAAAUUUAAUCCAUGUAAUGCUUUAAAAAGGCAAAUGGAUGGCACAAAAAGCCAAAAGGCUUGUUUCCAUUGUGGUCCAUGAUGAAGAAAGUAAUGUAGGAAAUAAAAGGCUAAAAGUUAUGCAUAGUAAAAUACAGGGAUCACUGUGAGCCGCAGGUCUCAUUUACAGUACAAUAAUCACAGUAUGGAUGCAGAGAAUAAGAUAUAGUGAAAUUAUAUAGGAUAAAAGUCAGAAUAGCAAAUUACAGUGAACUCAAGGUGAUUACAAUAAAAGUAAAAAUGUAUUACAACCAUCACCGGUUUGAUGGUACCGCAAUGAUAUAAAAUAAAAACAAAGUAGGAAGCAGUACGAUAAGGCAGUGCCGAAGGUAAUGUAGACAGUAAUGCGGACAGUAAUCCUUGUAUAAUAAAAUACAAGGAUCACUGUGAGCCGCAGGUCUCAUUUACAGUACAGUAAUCACAGCAAUGUAGGAAAUAAAAGGCACUGAAUCGCAGGUUUCAUUUACAAUCACAGUGUGGAUGCAGAAAUGUAAGAGCAAUGUAGGAAAUAAAAGGGUGAUGCAGUGUGGGUGCAGCAAGUGCAAGGUGAUAGUGGUUAAAGGUGUAGUUAGCUGGCUUCCCUGAUAUGUAAUUUAAAUGCUUGAGUAAAGAGAUAGGUUUUAAGCUGUCUUUUGAAGAUAUCUAUCGAGUUGGCUUCCCUGAUAUUUUUGGGCUGUGUGUUCCAUAGUUUUGGGGCGUAGUGGCCAAAGGCUGCAUCACCGAUCCUCUUUUGACUAUUUCUGGGAGCCUCUAAUAACCCAGCAGCUGAUGACCGCUGUGUUCUUUUUGGUACAUAGUUUGUUAGGGUGUUGGCGAUAUAGCUUGGUCCCUGUCCGUUUAGGGCUUUGCAUGUAAGGAGUAGGACUUAAAGUCAAUUCUAAACGUUAUAGGGAGCCAGUGCAGAGUAGCUAAGACUGGACUAAUGUGCUCUCUCUUUUUGGGUUUUGUUAGCAGUCGAGCUGCAGAGUUUUGUAUAAGUUGAAGUCUCUCUGUGGUUUUCUUAGGGAGACCUGUGAAGAGUGCAUUACAGUAGUCUAACCGGCUAGAUAUGAAGGCUUGAAUUAGCUUCUCUGCAUCAUUUUGAUUUAUAAAUGGUCGUACCUUUGCUAUGCUCCUGAGAUGAAAGAACAAUGUUUUGGUCACCUUGUUUAUAUGGGAGCUGAAAUUCAGUUCUGAGUCUAUGAUAACACCAUGACUUGUGACCUCAGAUUUGAUCCAAGGAGUUAAUCCUCCUAGGUUUUUAAUUAACGUUUCUCUUUUUGUUUUGGGGCCGAUAAUUACAAUUUCAGUUUUGUUCUCAUUUAGUUUCAGGAAGUUGUUACUUAUUUAUUGCCAAUUGGCAGUUGGUGAUGGAGUUUACAGCUGAUGUAUCAUUAUGUACAAUUGUGUAUCAUCUGCGUAGCUAUGGGAGUCUACUUUAUGUUUUCUGAUUAUGUCGCCCAGCGGUAACAUGUAAAGAGAAAAAAGUAAUGGACCGAAGCAGCUCCCUUGUGCAACCGCAUAGUGGUUGUCAUAUUUCUCAGAUAUAUGGCCUCCUAGUCUAACACAGAACUUCCUCCCUCUGAUGUACGUUUUGAACCAGUUCAGCACAUAGUCCGAUAGACCAACAAGCUUUUCGAGACGACUGACUAGAAUAUCAUUAUCAAAGUGUACAAUUUCUGUUUUGCUUCUGAGACCGGUUUACUUAAUAGUGUCAAAAAAAUGCCCUUGUACUUUCAGUUUUGGUUUACUGUCACAUGUCACGGCAUUCUUCAACAACUUCAACAUUCACUUUAAUGCUAAGAAAAUAGUUUUUGAUGUUUCUGAUGUGUUAACUUAAGCACUUUAUAUUACCUGUCGUUGUAUUUUAGUAUAUAAAGCAGACUAUAUCUAUUCAAGUCUAUAUAAAAAGCAUUUUUUUGUACCUUUCCUUUUUAUAAUGUACUGUAUUUGAAUUUAGUACCCCAAAGCUGCCGCAAAUGAUUGGAGGAUGCGGGCAGAACUGUGGACACUUAGUGAUUUGGAUAACAUCGGACUGUCUGCCCUACAGGAUGAAUUUGAGGACCAGUCAUAGACAAUUUAGAGUGAAAAGAACAUUUUAUUUUCACUCGCAUACAAAACAUUCAAACUUGGAUUGUUUCCCUGGCUUCGAGACUCUCCCGAAGGACAGUGUGGCGAAGACACAACAAACUCCCUUCUUGUCUCUCAUGGACACGCACCUGUUGUUGACUUUGGAAUGACUGGCGGCCGCAACAAAACCAAGGCCGCGGAACAGAGACACGCGGCAGGCUUAAACACACACAUGCAUCCACAAAAUAUAUACGCCACACACAUAUAACCCACCCCCCAUCCAAUGCCCUUGACGCAAAUCUUUUAGGGGUGAUGGACGGCUAGGCAGCGCCUGAAGAGCUGCAGCCUUCCACCGUAGCUCCCACUCCCUCCCCUCUGUUGCAAGUCUCGAGUUGUAUGUUGUAAUAUGUAUAUGUGCUUUGCUAUGGAGUUUUUUCCCACUCCAGACUGGGCUCCCUUUACUCAUCUUCCCCCAGCGUUGACCUUUUUCCCAUCUUUUACGGGGCGCCUUGUGGCGACCCAUCAGCGUUCCUGUUCUGGAACCCUGUACACUGUUUGUUUUUCUAAUCUUGAAUGGGUUUGUGCUGAAAACAAAGUUUUGUUGUACUUGUGCAAUGACAAUA